AUGUCUGAAGCAUCUGGAAAAAAUUCAUUUUUUUUUAUUUUCAGAUGGACACGUUACGAUGCGAUCAGCAGCGUCAUUCCCAAUACUCGUUUUUUGGUCUUCAAAACACCUUUAAAUUUAAGGCUGUCGACAAAAAUACCGAAAGAAAAGCAUUUUACUCUUAUCAAUCUGUAUCAUAAAGUCGCAGAGAUGGGAGUUUCAUUGGGACUUAUUAUUGACUUGACAGAUACUGAUCGCUAUUAUGAUCGAUCAGAUGUUGAUGGAAUGUUCAUUGAAUAUGAAAAGAUAAAUUGUCCUGGUCGAGGAUUUCUUGAUCGAGAUGACCUUGUUGAAUCAUUUAUCACUGCUGUCGAUAAUUUUCUAUACAGCAAUUCAGAAAAUGAAACACUCAUUGGAGUUCAUUGUACAAAUGGCGUUAAUAGAAGUGGAUAUUUAAUUUGUCGUUUUCUCGUGGAUCGUUUAGGAUGGUCAUCUCAUGAAGCUAUUGAUGCAUUCGAAAGAGCUCGUGGCUAUCAGAUUGGGCGCGGAUCAUACGUUCAAGCCAUACAUCGUGCUGCCAAAGAGCGACGCUUUAAAAAACGCCACAGGCAUAAUGAAGAAAUGGUGUCUAGCGAAGAAUCUGAGACUCGCCAGUCACAUAAACGAGACAAGCAUAAAAAGAGACGCAAAAUUGAAAUGGAUGAAGGAAUAGAACCGGAUAUGGAAGCCAUUUUCAAUAGCAUGGCUUUAGCAUUUGAACAACACGAAUCAGUAUUUGAUGACGAAGCCCCAAGUUCUUAUGAAAAUCAAGUGACUUCCAUGCCACAGUUGCCAGCAUCACAAAGUUCAUCACAUUUGUCCACAGACAACAGUCCAUUCAUAGGCAGUAGUGGAACUGCUGAACAAGAAGAAGACGAGGAAGACGAAACGAUGAUUGGUGAAAAAGAUGGUGGAGGAGAAGAAAACGAUAUAGAUGCAUCAAGAUCUAAAAAGAGGCGUGAAAGGAGGCAGCGACUGCAAAAACAGUUUGACUUGAUGAAAACGGGCAAUUUUUGGAAGAUUAAUGAAAUGCAAAAGGAAAAAUUUAUUGGAAAAUGA